CUCGAGCUGUCGGCCAAACCUGAGCUCCGGCGGUUGUGAGUGCUUCCCCUCCCCCCCAACCACACACGCACGCAUACAACCUCCCCGCGUCAAUAUGGGUCUGCAGCAAUGUGGGACGUGAAUUUAAAAACAAGAUUCUUCUCCCCCUCCCUUUUCUAUUUUUCUCCCCUAUCUUUUUCCUCUCUUUUCUCUUCUACUCGUAGAUGGUUUCAAGUGGACUUCCGGCUGACUUUUCAAAUAUGAAGGAGAUGAUUGGCGGCUGUUGCGUUUGCUCAGACGAGAGAGGCUGGGCUGAAAACCCCCUCGUUUACUGUGACGGACACGGUUGUAAUGUUGCCGUUCAUCAAGCAUGUUAUGGCAUUGUGCAAGUACCCACUGGACCGUGGUUUUGCAGAAAAUGUGAAUCGCAGGAGAGAGCCGCUCGAGUGAAAUGUGAACUUUGCCCUCAUAAGGAUGGCGCUCUCAAGAGGACCGACAACGGAGGUUGGGCCCAUGUGGUUUGUGCACUUUAUAUUCCAGAGGUGCAGUUUGCAAAUGUCACUACAAUGGAACCCAUUGUGCUACAGUAUGUUCCCCAUGAACGCUUCAACAAGACUUGCUACAUUUGUGAGGAACAAGGCCGUGAAAGCAAAGCAGCAACCGGUGCUUGUAUGACUUGUAAUAAGCAUGGAUGUCGACAGGCUUUUCAUGUGACUUGUGCACAGCUGGCAGGACUUCUGUGUGAAGAAGAAGGUUCGGAAGCUGAUAACGUUAAAUACUGUGGCUAUUGUAAAUACCAUUUUGGCAAAUUGAAACAGAAAGACAGAGACAAAUACAGGCAACAAAAAAUCAAAAAGUCUUUGGAUUUGUCAUCUACAGUUCCAUCUCUCACUGUGACAACUGAAAAGACUUAUACAAGUACUAGCAGUGGAUUUAUAUCAGGCUCCUUGAAGAGGUUGGAAGAAACCACUGCUCGAUUUACAAAUGCAAAUUUCCAAGAGGUAUCUACUCACCCUUCAAGCGGGAAUGAAAAUGCUGAGAUUAAAGGAUUGGAGGCGAAAGGGAAGAAAUCUGGAGGACAUGGCUCCAGUCAGAGGGGAAGGAAACCAGCCACUGCGAAGAAUUCAGCUUGUCCAUCUGUUACAACAGCAUCGCCGAGUCCUUUUCCACAAGGCAGUCUACUAGGAACCCCAACCAGUGUAAAAUCAUCUAGCAGUUCAGUCCAAUCACCACAAGAGUUUCAAACUUUCACUGAACCGGAUACAAGAACUGAUGGUUACAGUCAUUCACAACAGUCCUCAACCAGAGAGACAACUAAGGGAGAAACUCUUGACCAAGAAAGGACUUUGAUCAAUGCUAGUCUUGUGCUGGGCCUCCCACUGACAUCAUCUGGACCUCCUCAAACAAUAAACAUUGAACACUCAAAGAGUGUUUGUGGAGAUUAUGACAUCUCUGAUGUUACUACUGUGACAUCAAGUACUGUACCAGGGUAUAAAAGAGCUCAAACUUCAGUCAUGGAGGAAGAGAUAGUAAAAGGAAAAAAACGAAAAGGAAAUAAAAAGUACAAGCAUGGACCUGGCAGACCAAAAGGAAGUAAAAAUAAGGAUAGCAUUUCCCAGCUGUCUCUCUCUUCUGCAUCACCAUCAUCAUCUGUUACAUCUGCUGCAGGAAGUGUGGCAAGUGCAAAUCUGCAGAAAUCUCCAUCUCUGCUCAGGAAUGGAAGUUUACAGAGUCUAAGUGUCAGCUCAUCUCCAGCUGGUUCAGGUGUUUACACAAGUAGUGAUGUACCAGUUUCACUGCAGAAUACACUACCAGGCUCAAGCUGCAGUACUCCACUUUCCAGUUCUAUUUUACCUCCACAAAGUACAACCCAUUCACAGAUGAGCACAUCACCUUUGGCCACUGUUUCUGUUGCAACUAUGGUUUCUACAACCCAGGCAAGUGCACUUCCUGGAUCUUCUUUUAAUCUUGCACCAUCUCACAUGUUUGGAAAUCGACUAAAUCCCAACUCAGCAAUGGCAGCUCUUAUUGCACAGUCUGAGACCAAUCAAGCAGUUCCUGCUUAUUCUACAUUAACUUCAGUAGCAGGAGCACAUCAAAAACUGAAGGCCGUCUUGGAGGACAACAUGCCUGACCUCUACUGUGGUAGGGACCACGGGCACAGAAAUCACGAAUUGGACAAUAACCGCAAUCUUCCUGGGAGGAGCAGUUCACCAAGAGGAAGUCUUUCACCACGAUCUCCUGCAAGUGGCUUACAAAUUCGUUAUGAUCAGUCAAGUAACAGUGUCUUGGAGAAUCUGCCACCAGUUGCAUCAAGCAUAGAACAGUUAUUGGAAAGACACUGGAAUGAAGGGCAGCAGUUUCUUUUGGAACAGGGCAGUCCUGGAGAAGUUAUGGGAAUGUUGAAAUCACUGCAUCAACUUCAAGUUGAAAAUCGGCAACUGGAGGAGCAAAUUAAGAAUUUGACAGCUAAGAAAGAGCGCCUCCAGCUACUAAAUGCUCAGCUUUCAGUACCUUUUCCUGUCAUGAGUUCAAAUACCAGUCCAACAACUCAAAUACACCCAUUCACAGUACAGACUGUCCACAACGCAACUUCCUUGCACAGCAGUAAAGGUCCACAUUUGAGCAACAGUUUUCUGCCUGAAAGCACACUUCCAAUGCAAAUCCAGGAACGAACUUCCAGUGGACAUAGUACUAGCAGUUCUUCUCUUGCCAGUCCACCUUCAACUGGACAGAGCCCAGCUCUGCAAGGAUCAGGAAUUCAUCAGGUUAACUGUAUGUCAGGAGCACUAGCUAGUGGUAUGCAAACAAUGGCCUCCACCAUUCCCACAAUGUCUUCAGUAGGUGGGUUAAUGGGAACUUUACCAGGAAACCAGCUGGCAAUCAAUGGAUUUGUGGGUACUUUGAAUGGAGUUAUACAGACCCCCGUGUCAAUAUCACAAAACCCAAAUCCGCUAUCGCAUGCAGCUGUGCCACCUAAUGUAACUGUUCCAUUAUCUACCAAUUUAAGCCAUAGUGUGCCAGGAUUGAGUUUACUCUCUGAGCAGAGACAACUGUUAUUUCACCAACAGCAACAGCCACUUCAACAAUUGUUGCCAUCCCAGCAGCUUACUCCAGAACAGCAUCAAGCUCUGUUUUAUCAGAUAAUGCAGCAACAACACCACCACCAACAUCAACAUGAGCUACAGCAGCUGCAAAUCACUGGAACAACACAGAUCCCUAUGAAUAAUCUGCUGGCAAGCGCCCAGACGCAACCACUUCACUCAGCCCCAUCCAAUCCUUUCAUAUCCAUUCAUAGUGAAACGUCCACACCAAAAGUUGCAAGGCUCAGUGACAAAGGUAGUAGCCCUGUCACACAGGAAAAAAGUUGACACAGGAUUUUUAAAUUCCAGAAUGUGUCUGUCCAGUUGAUACAGCAGUUCAGCCAGCUGCAGAGUGGAUGAAUCUUACUCGAUGUGUAGUAGAAAGAGCUAAAGGAGAGUAGCAAAUACACUGAUAGCCUCCAUAUAUGAACGUAUACCCCAAAUAACUUUCACAAGAUGUUCCUAUAUCAUCACAUUUGGUUUACGAGUCUUGCAGCUUGAUUGCACUAAUAUGUUAGCUCACUUGAGUGACAUUGGGCAUCGAGGAAUCUGAAAAAUGAACUUGUUUUCAACUUCAUUGGUAAAACUUGAAUCAUUCAGUUUUGUGCUUGUCUUGAACUAUUUUGAUGGCAGUAAAAUUAUGAUUUUUAAAAUAAAAUUUAUCUUUUAAAUGACAAAUGCAAAUUGCAUUGCAAAAAAAAGCGACAAAGGAAUUGUUCCUGGUUCUGCAGAUGUGACAGGCAUGGCUUGGGAUUUGCAUCACCUGAGUUUUACAUUGCAUGCAUUUUUUGUUGUGUCCUGUUCCUUUGCUGUGAAUGUGGUAUGCUUCCAGGACCACUGCUAGCAUAGCUACUCAGUUGUGGUGCAAAAGGCAUCUAAGAUUUUUUUGGCCACUGGGGGACCAGAUCAAUCUAUAGAGUGGAAGAAAUGGAUUAGCCUGCCACCAGGGAAGGUUCCUUUGAGGGAUGCGUUGGCUGUCAGCCUAACCAAGUGCCUGUUGCUAGGUCCAUUGUGAAAUAGCUCUGGAUAGCUGAGUAUGCACUCGAUCAGAAUUCCUGUCACAGCAGCAGGAAUUUUCAAUAGUACAUCAUCUUCCUUCUCAGAAGGAAUUCCCAGCUCUUUUCAUGGCCAAACCAGUUUGAACAGUCUGUAGACCAACCCCCUCUACAUACCCAACUGCAAGAGUGUUUGAAGUUAAGUCUCAAGGUUGAAUGUUGCAGUUUGUAUCUCUCAUCUGUAAAUAUGCUUUGGUGAAUUUCAGUAAUUGUGGAGAAAAAUUGAAAUAUAAAACCUCAAUAUUUUGGUUUGUGAUAUUUCUAACUAGCAGUUGUGCAGUUGACUGGAAGAGUAUUGUUUUAUUAAUUUAUUUUUAUACAUACAGGGGAAUUUUAGAAAACAUUAAAACCAACUGGAUUUUGUAGAUAUUUACAAAGAAAGCUCAGUGUGGUUCAUUUUAGAUUCUUACUUUCAACCCACUGGUUGUUCUGUAACAAACUUUGUACAGAUUUUGAAGAUAUUUGCUGUAGUGUUUAUUUUACUUAGUUGUAAAAUAUCAAAUGUAUUAAAGAAUGAUAUAUAAAACUGUCUCAGCAAUGAUUGUUAAUACUCAUGGGCAUUACUAUUUGCUAAUGAUUGUGGGACUAAAACAGUGAAUACAAUUUAGUAGUCACAGAAAAUAUAUCUGAUGUUAAUGAUUUCUUUACUGCCUUCCAUGGCCUACAGUAAAAUUAGCUGCCAUUUUAUUUAUUUGUUGUUUAAAUAAUAGUGCUGUUGUAUAAAUAUUUUCCAAGUGGUUUUUGAAUUCCAAAGAAAUUCUACUGAUGUUUUAACAGUUUUUGUAUGUUCAGCUUUUCAGCUGCCCUAUUGCACAUGAAAAAUUAAGUUAUCGCAAAGUUAAUUCUCUGCAUAUAAAAGAAAAUUAAAUUCUUAAGUUUUUUUAAA